AUUAGGUACAGGUAAAAUGAAAAACCAUAAGCCAAUGACACCGUAACGGUUGGAGCCACGGCCACGGAAAAUAUUGUAUCUCUUUAAUAAAUGUUUAAUCAUUUAAUUAUUUUUUAAUCAAUGUAUUUAUUAAAAUAUUUGAUUAAUUUGUAAUUAAUGUUAUGAUGUGUUUACAUGAUAAAUACAUUUAAGUAACGUAAUAACUAAACCAUGUUUGCUUUUCAUAGCAUGUCGUCCACAAAGGAAAUUUUUAAUUAUCUGACAAAAAUCAAAAUUUAUGUCCAAAAACAUAUAGGAGAAUGAAAAAGAUUCAACACCCCAACAAGUUCACCUCAACUAAUUUUAUUUUUUUUUCCGAGGAAAUACAGUAAAACCAUAAGAUAAGGAUAACUUUGCAACAAUAUUUUCAAAACAAAAGUUUAUUGUUUAUUAAAAUUAAACGAAACAAAUAUUUUUUUUUCUUAAAUUAUUUUUGAAGCCAUUCAAUGAAAUAAAGUAUUAAAAGAUUUGUGAAACAAAUGAUACAUUUAUAAGUUUGUUUUUGUUGGUCUGAAAAAAGUGACAUAUGACAAUUAUGAACUAAUGUUGUGGUAAAAACAAGACAAAAUUUUAAUAAAAAUAAAUAUUUCGUUAAAAUAUUUCUAGAAACUAUAAAAUAAUUAAAUAGAUUUAUAAUAGAUCUUCAUAAAUUGAUGUUUAUUAAAGUGUCCUAGCAGUUGAUUAAAUUAUUGAUAGCCGUAUCACAAACUACAUCGAAAUAAAGUUUCAGUUAAAAGUUAAAACACUAAAUAUUUUGUAAUACCUACAAUGUAACUACUGAAAAUUGAUCUCUGAAUGAUUGAAAAAAAAACAUAAUAUAUACAUGAAACUUUAAUACGUCAAUGAAAAUUAUUAUUAAUUAUUUAUGUGCUUCUAUCAAGGUCACUUAGUAUAUGUGUAUUCAAUGUAUAGUGGAAAUAUUAUUUCGCAUCCUUAUGGUAUUAUUUCUUCGUGUUUAUUGUUCAUAUGUUGAUGACAUUUACAAAAAUAAAUAAAUGUAUAUGCUUUCUUUUUGAAUAUGACGAAAUUGGUAUCACAAAUUAAAAACAAAACAAGAAACUUAGUUCAUUAAAAAUAAAAAGAAAAGACAUUUAUUCAAAAAAAAAAAAAAAAAAAAAAAAAUAGAAUGGGUAGAAAAAAAAUCCAAAUAUCCAAAAUUACUGAUGAACGAAACCGACAGGUUACUUUUAAUAAACGUAAAUUUGGUGUAAUGAAAAAAGCAUAUGAACUAUCGGUACUGUGUGACUGUGAAAUUGCAUUAAUAAUAUUCUCAAGUAGUAAUAAGUUAUAUCAAUAUGCUAGCACUGACAUGGACAAAGUGUUGUUAAAAUAUACGGAAUACAAUGAGCCACAUGAAUCGUUAACGAAUAAAAAUAUUAUUGAGAAAGAAAAUAAAAAUGGGACGAUGUCACCAGACUCACCCGAGCCUGAAGAUAGUUAUUCACUUACUCCUCGGACUGAGGCAAAGUAUAACAAAAUAGAUGAAGACUUUCAGAUGAUAAUGCAACGGAAUCCCCAAUUAACUGGUGGAAGGAUAAAUAUGGCUAGCAACUUUAACCUGCCUGUAUCAGUUCCCGUUGGCGGAACUUAUGGUGAACCUAGUAAUAUGAUACAAACAAGCCCGCAAGUGAUACAUCAAAGUAUUAGUCCUCGACCAUCUAGCUCAGAAACUGAUUCAGAUAAUUUUUCCGCCUAUCCAUCCGGAACUAUGCUUGAGAUAUCAAACGGAUACCCACAUUCUAGUUCACCUGUCGUAGGUUCUCCUAGUCCUGGACCAAGUCCCAGCAUUAAUUCAAAAUCUUUACAUAAACAACAUUCACCUAGUACCCAAAGUGGAAGAAAUUUAAGGGUAGUAAUUCCAACACAAAUGUCAACUGGCAUAUCUUCUGAUGAUGUGUACACAGAGCAUAAUCGACAAACACAACAUAAUAUACAAACACCAGUAGUUGCGCUCCAAACUCCAAUACCUGGACUGACUAGCUAUCAACUUGGUACUUUUGGUGCCCAGGACUUUUCAAUGACAUCUAGUGAUCUAAAUAUUUUAUCAUCUUGGAACCCCACUAUUCAUCAAAGUGCACACGGAAAUAUCCCACAUUUAGCUAUGCCAAGUAAUACACCUCCACCUGCUUUAUCUCCUGCAUCGGUAAAAAUUAAAUCUGAGCCUAUAUCCCCUCCUCGUGACAUGCUACAACCAUGUUCAAGUGGGGGCGGGUCAAUUACUAGCGGGCAAACAACAACAACUCUAACUACUACUAACUUAUCUAGUAAUAAUUCUAUUGGAAAUAGCUUACAGACGCAUCAACAUUUGAUUGUAAGCAGUGGAAGUAGGAACUGCACACAAAAUCUUGGAUCAUUGACACCUACAAGUUGUUCUUCUCCAGGAGAUACUCGUUCAAAUUCAGGCAUAUCAAACAACUCCACUCAAGCACCAAACGACCUUUCUGACUAUGAAACUGGUUCAACGACAAUUAAACGUCCAAGAAUAUCCGAUGGAUGGGAAACAUAAUGUGCAUACAAUAUUAUUGAUAAAACAAAAAAUAUUACAUAUUUCUGAAACAAAGUUGGUAACAGAAAUUAUAAACGUUAUAAGGGGAAGUGCAAUACUUUAGAAAAAGUAUAAAAUUUGAUAGCUCCAUUAGAAACAAGUUUUCCAGCCUUACAAUAAUUACCUACAUUCAAUUCGCCAAGUUCUAAAUUAUUUUAAACUGUCAACAUAAGAUUUAUUUGAUAUAUCUAUGUUAUAUUCUGCUAAAAACCCCAAAUGUUUAUUUAACUGAAAUUUGAUAUUAAUGGUUUGAUAAUUUUAAUAAUAAAUGGUAAUAUAUUUUUAAUUAUUAUUUGAAACUAAUAUUAGUUUCAUUUGGAGCGAAAAUUUUUAGGUAGAUUCAUGUGUAGUCAAUUAACUUACAUUAAUAUAUAAGGUUAUGUAAGAAAUAUAAAAUUAUAUAAUCAAAGGGAUGCCAUAUAAAAUAUUAAUUAAACUACUCGGUAAAUAGAAAAAUACACUAGGAAAAAAAGUUUUAUACUCACGUAUACCCAUAAUAUAGAUCAAUCGAUUUUUUUAAAUUUUUAAUAUAAAAUCAUGUGAGUUUGUAUUCUCUAAAAAGUUGAUUGAUUGUAUUAUUUGGGACAUAAUUUUUUUUUUCCUUGUGCAAAGACAUAUUUUUAAAUUUAGUUAAUGACUGAUAUUAGAAAUUCUAGAAU